AUGACAGACAUUGAAAAAUUAUUGAACAUCGACAACAUAAUUUCUAGACUCUUGGAAGUGCGCGGUGCGAGACCUGGCAAGAACGUUCAGCUGUCCGAUGGUGAAAUGAUAGGCCUAUGCCUCAAGUCCAGGGAGAUCUUCCUAACGCAACCCGUGCUAUUGGAGCUCGAUGCGCCGUUGAAAAUAUGUGGGGAUAUUAAAGGUCAUUACUAUGACUUAUUACGUUUAUUCGAGUAUUGCGGUUUUCCACCUGACUCCAACUACUUAUUCUUGGGUGAUUAUGUCGAUCGUGGCGAACAGUCUCUGGAGACGAUAUGUCUGUUGUUGGCAUAUAAAAUAAAAUACCCCGAAAAGUUCUUCCUUUUACGUGGCAAUCACGAAUGCGCUAGAAUAAACAGAAAAUAUGGGUUUUAUGAUGAAUGUAAACGGCGGUAUAAUAAAAAGCUCUGGAAAGUAUUUAACGACUGUUUUAAUUAUUUGCCUGUGGCAGCAAUUGUUGAAGAAAAGAUUUUUUGUUGUCAUGGUGGUCUUAGUCCUGAUUUUCAAUCAAUGGAUCAAAUUAGGCAGAUUGUGAGGCCAAUAGAUGUUCCUAAUCAGGGACUGUUAUGUGACUUGCUUUGGUCUGAUCCUGACAAAGUAAUAAUAUAA